UGAGUGAGUGAAUGUGACGAAAAUGACGAAACGGGAAAAUGACAAUUGCCUCCUGUCUGUCAGUGAUAAACGAGCUGAGUUAACCGGCGCACCAAAAGAUAACGAUUUAUCCAAACGAUAACCGAAUGUCGAAUGAACGGGCUACCGAUAUUGAAGGGAAUAGAAAAAAAAACAUUGUUGCGCUGGAUUUAUUUGUCUUCCGUCGAAAUCUGGUUUUUACCAUUUUUAGUUGUGCUACUGGAUUUUCAUGAGCGGUUACAAGUUUUGAGAACAAGCUAGCAAACGCUCACACACACACACACACGCGUGCAUUCAGCUUCCUUUCCAAUUCGCGAUGUUAAAGCCGAACAAUGUGUUUGUUAAACUGGUCUAUUCAAACCACUUUGCUCGACCCACAUUCCUCUUCCUUUUUUCUAAUGCUAUUCAUUUGGUUCAUGUUGAAAAUGUGACUUAGCAAGCUUCCACAUUUAUUCUUAUCACUUUUCCAGGAAAAGUUUUCCUAGUACAAUCGGGUUUUCUCUUCAUCGUUGCCGUCAUAAUAAACUGGAAAACAUAUGAUCAUCUUCUUUUGACAUUUCCUUAAUUUCGCUGAAAGAAAAAAAUUCCAGCAAACAUCUCCCAAGACGAGUCUUUGAGAGAUUUGGAACCAGUUCGAAUCGCUUAGCCAUGAGAAUGGGGUGACGAUUUUGAUAACAAUUUUUUUGUGUGUGUCUGCUUUGUUUGAUGUAUUUUAUUCGUUUUUUUAUGUGUUUCGAUAGAAUUUACUCAGAAGAUAUAUCCUGAAAUUUUGCAGCGGACUCCAAAGUGAUAAAGUUUGGUCAAACUCCAAUUGAUCAAUGCCUUGAAUUGUAUAACAUUUGAUUUUCAUACAUCGUAGAUCACUCUCGCCGCCAUAAAUCUUCUUCUCUAUCGAUUCGACGCUCUUGAAACCAAUUCGAUACAUUGAACAAAUUGUAUGUGUAAAUGAUCGGGCUGCGUUUGAAAAGCAAAUCCAAAGAAAAUAACAAACGCCAACAAUGAUUUGCCCAUCAUAAAUCAAUGAAAGUCAAAUCAAUAGAAAUGGAAUGUUCAAAGCAGCCACAACUGUUUCAAUUGAUUGCAUUGCUUAUUGUGAUAAGGUUAUAGUCGAACUAAUCGAACUGCAAUCGUGCAUUCCAUUCGGUUACAUCAGUUCAUUCACAAACUAACAGCGAUGGCCCACCAAUUGUAAGUGUUAGUGUGAUUACAUGGAAUGAGCAUAUUGUUGAUUAAACAACAGUGUAACAGUACAACAGAUCGAUGGGAUUGUUUACUUCGUCUUGUUCGUUGCCACUGCCGUCGCCACCGCCGAUGACGAAAAUGAUGACGACUGGUUGUCGCUGUGAUGAUCGUCGUCGCCGCCGUUGAUGCCGUUCCCCUUCCUUGUUUCCCAAUCGCAAUGCUUGGCCAGUUCAAUUCUCGACCGCGCAAAUCGUUCUAUUGACUCUUGAUCGUCACACACCGCAAACGUACGAAAAACAUAUUCAUUCAUCAAGAGAUGAACGGCGCGAUUGCUUGAACAUAACAUUUUGCCGAUUGUCAUCGUUCUUGUUUUCUCUCUCUCUCUCUCUUCAAAUAUUUACUCGAAACAAUUCCAUUUGCCAUAAUUACUUGGUGUAGUUUGAACAAAUGAUUUCUGUUUCUUUUUAACUAGUCUCAAAACAAAACCAGUGACGAACUGAUAAGAGAGCCAAAAUUUUGAAAUCAAAGAAUUGUGUCAAUUGUAGGCGCGAAGAAAAAUUAAGUUGGAUUUUUUUUUUCUAUAUUUGAGUGAAUGUUUUGUGCACGAACGGGAAGACAAACAAUAAAUCGAAAGCAAUUUUCUAAUUCACUUGCCGAACCGUAGAAACGCGAGCGAGUGAACGUGUCUAGUGAUUUUAUUUUAUUUUUCGUUUGAAGUGUGAAGUGCAGUGAAAUUGAUCGUUGUUUCGAUUUUUUUUUUCCAUUUCGUUGUUCACUUAUUUCGGGUGUAAUUCAAUUUCAGAAGCGAGAACUGUGUGAAUAGGCGCAUCGAAAAGACAUUUUGAAACGCAUCGAUUUAAGAAGAAGAAGAAGAAGCAAACAAAAAAGAUUAAAAAAGUUUAUAACUGAAUUUGAGAAAAAAAAAGGUUUAAGACAUAACAAAAACACACACACAAAAAUGCACGGAAACAGAAAUAAAUUAUGCGCUAAAUUAUCUAGUGCCUUUUUGCGAAAGUGGUGGUUCGUGAUAGCAUUUGCACUAUGUCUGUUGCUCUGUGGGAUUCUAGUCACAUUUGGAUUUACCGCAAUAGUUAAAUUAGUAAUUGAUCAUCAGGUAGCUUUACGGCCGGGCGCUCAAUCAUUUGGCUGGUGGUCAAAGCCACCCGUCGAACCAAUGAUGAAAAUUUACGUCUACAACGUAACAAAUGCCGAUGAAUUCCUCAACAAUGGCACCAAACCCAUACUCGACGAACUUGGACCAUACGUCUACGUUGAAUCGUGGGAAAAGGUGGACAUUGUUCACAAUGAAAACGGUACAAUCAGUUUCAACCAAAAAAAGACGUUCAUCUUUAACGAAGAGCUUUCGAAUGGUUCGGAGGACGAUGUUGUAAUCGUACCAAAUAUUCCAAUGUUGAGCGCCACAUCACAGAGCAAACAUGCAGCCCGAUUCUUGCGAUUGGCCAUGGCCAGUAUCAUGGAUAUUUUGAAGAUUAAACCAUUCGUCGAAGUAUCGGUUGGUCAACUAUUGUGGGGCUAUGAAGAUCCUCUGUUGAAAUUGGCUAAAGACGUUGUGCCAAAGGAACAGAAAUUACCUUACGAAGAAUUUGGCGUGUUGUAUGGUAAAAAUAGCACAUCACCGGAUCGUGUAACCAUUUUCUCUGGCGUGAAUGAUAUCAAACAAUUUGGUAUUAUUGAUAAGUACAACGGUGUUUCGUAUUUGCCACAUUGGUCAACACCCGCAUGUAACCAUUUGAAUGGUACCGAUGGAUCCAUUUUCCCGCCACACAUCACCAAAAAUACCACAUUGCAUUUGUAUGACAAAGAUUUGUGCCGUCUGAUGCCGUUGUCAUUUGAAAAGGAAGUCACCACACGUAACAAUGUACCAGGCUAUCGAUUCACACCAUCGGAAAAAGUAUUCGCUUCGGUUGAAAAAAAUCCAGACAAUGUUUGCUUCUGUCCACACGGGCCACCAUGCGCACCACACGGAAUGUUUAAUGUGUCGGCAUGCCAAUAUGAUUCACCAAUCUUGUUGAGUUUCCCACAUUUCUAUAUGGGUGACCCAACUCUUCGUUUACAAGUCGAAGGUAUGACACCACCAGAAAAGGAAAAGCAUCAAUUUUUCAUCGAUGUCCAACCGGAAAUGGGUACAUCGUUGCGCGCUCGGGCUCGUGUGCAAAUCAAUUUGGCCGUUAGUCAGGUGAUUGACAUUAAGCAAGUGGCCAAUUUCCCGGAUAUCAUCUUCCCAAUAUUGUGGUUUGAAGAAGGUAUUGACGGUUUACCAGAGGAGAUCACCAGUUUGAUGCUUUUGGCCACCCAAGUGCCACCAAAGGCUCGUUCAACAUUGAUGUUGGUACUAUUCAUCGUUGGUGCGUUGUUAUUGCUUAUUGCCGUGACAUGUUUGGUGCGACGAUCACAUCGACAGAGCACAUUGCACUUGGCUUCAAAUUAUUUGGCCACAUCGGCUGUUGAUCAGGCGAAAAAGAAGGCGCAGAGCGAACACAAGAGAUAUUAGAUAGAAGCUUUUUUUUCAUUAGUAAUUAUUAGACACAAAGCUAGCAGAAAAACACAUACACACACACAAAUACACAAACGAACAAGCAAUACAGACCAGAUCAAACGGUUGUUGGGAAUUGAUAUCAUAAUGGUAAAUUUAGUUUCAUUUGGUUUAAAGCAGCAGAGCUUCCAUAACAUAUGCGCAUAAAAUGUGUAACGGUGAACGGUGUGUGUUAACAUUCACGAAGAUUUCAAACAAACAAGAUGAAGUAGCGGAUAAAAAAAAAAACAGAUUAAUAACGAAAGAACAAAUCCGAAAAUUCCGACUUCUGGCUGAACAAUUUUUUUUUUUCGUCUCGAAAUUGUCACGUUUUCAUGUCGUUUUUUUUUUAUUAAAUCAAUUAAGCAGAAAAUCAAACAGGUAAUAGAAUCUGUCAUGUAACUAGACAGUUAUUGAUGUGAGAGGGAAAUAAUGAUAUUAUAAUAGUGUGCGCACAAAUUGCGUUCAAUGAUGUGAAAGAAACCGAAACAAAAAAAGAUGGCAGCAAAAUCUAUUGUAAAACAACAUAUUUGGCACACCCUUUUUUCCGUUUUCAAAGUUGCUUUUCGCUUAAAAAUUCUUUUCCCUCGUUGUUUUUAGUUUUCGUUUUUCCAUAUCGUUUCCGAACAUUUCAUUCGGCUCAACCAUCUCGUUGUAAAAUGUUCUCUUCGUUCGCAUAAUUUGUGUACUUUUGUUUUCUGUUCAAUUUUUUUUUUUCGAGAAUUAGCCGAUAUUUGAGUCAUUUUUAGUGAAAUAAAACGGUUCAGUUUUAUUAAAUAUAUUUUCUUCAAUUUUAAUUGCCCUUAAACAGCAUGCUGUUCCCACGCGCGAUUAUUUCGGUUUUUUCCUAUAUUUUUUUUCACCUUCUUGACCAAAUUAUUCAUUUUAUUAUUCACUGACACAAUAAUCGUAGACAAUUUGCUUCAAUCACCGAAAAGAACAAAAAAAAAAGCACCGAAGGGAACUCAAAUGAAAUGACACACACAAUUUUUUACAAUAAUUUUGCUAUGCUCCAUUUUUUUCUUUUAAACUAGAAAAUCGCCAUAUUAUUGAGAGAAAAAAAAAAAUGACGAACAUUUAUUUAGAAAAAUUGUUGGAAAAAAAAAUUAGCAAAAAAAAAUUCGAUUAAACGUUUGCAUUCGAGAUAAAAUUCAAAACAAUUAGUAAUGAUCCAAUUUUUUUUUCGUUCAUAUCAAUUCAAAUCGAACAAAUUUUAUUGCAAUAUAAUUUUGUCCAAAUCAAUUUGUCUUCCUGCAACAAUUAUUCCCUCGGGAAUUUUAGAUGUUUUCCGUCCAAGCAAAGUAUUAUGAAGAGGAAAAUUUAACAUUUUUUUUGUACACGCACAACGUAAACAAUAAAUUAUACUCCAAACAAGAAAAAAAGAAAAGAAAAUGAAAUCGAACAAGACAAAAAAACAAAUCAUUUGUUAAACGCUCAAUUUGCUGGAUAUGUGCCUUAAGGUUAAUCUAUAAGGGAAUAGAAGAAAAAAAAACAAGACCAUUGUUUAUUUUUUUUCUGACACAGAAAUUUUUGUUUGAAGAAAAAAUUACAAAAACGAACAAAUGUUGAUACUUUCCGUUACGAAAGUGGCCGUUUUUCUUUUCGGCUCUUAUUUCUGGGCGCGUUCCAUUUAUUUAAUACUUUUCGUUGGUUGUUUUUUUUUUCAUUCGCAAAAUUUUCUUAUCCGUAAACUGUAAGAGAAACAGUAGCGACAACAAGAACAACAAAAUCUUUGCAUAGAAUUUAAAGUGUAAUUAUAUCAUAAAAUUGACGGAGGAACGUAGAAAAAAAAAUGCAACUUAAUAAGUACUUAGUUUUUAAGGGUAAGCGAAAAAGCAAAUAAAAUAAUUGUUUUCUUUUGUACAUACAAAAUACGUAGUAAAAUUUAAAAACAAAAAAAAAA